AUGGCAGACGUCGGCGCGCCGCCACGCGGGGCCUUGUCCAAGCUACGGCGCUCCAAGGACAAAGCAAUCGGCAAUGUGUCAACCACUUCAUUACCUGGAACUUCGGGAGAAAGCGACGAUGGCCCAGCCAAUGCGACCGACAAAGACGGCCUACGUGCGUCAAUGGAAAAUGCGAUCGAUAAGGUCCGAGGAAGCUCUCGAAGGCGGUCUGUGGACGACAGGCCAAAGACCGAAGACGGGCAACCACGAAAGCUUUCUACAUUGGUAUCAAAAGCGAAACGGAAAGUUCGAAAAGGCGACCGCGACGCAGAUCUCAGCCAAACCACGAGCCUCGAAUCUGGUACGGAUCUUGCACUGGCAGGCAACCGUUCCGAGUCGUCUCUGCUCUUUGACGAGAGCGGCCACAGUAGUCUGUUGACGGACGACGAGCGGACAGACGGCGAUGGAAAGCCUGUACGGCCCUCACUCUCGCCUCAUCAAUCGCACGCCGGAUACUUGACCUUCUCAUCGCCUGAGAUCAACGCCCAGACAAGCGCUGUGAUCCCAGGAUCUGAACUUGUCACAUCGCCUGAGUCCGAAUCCAUAGCCGACCCCCUCGCCAACGCCAGCAUCCCCCAGAUCGUGGAGCCUCUCGACAGCGGGGACCACGGCCCUACACCACCUAUACCUGAUCGCAGCCCUUCGCCUUCCAAUAAGCUACGUGGUCCUUUCACAUUAUCCCGUAAGAAAUCGAGCGACGACGGUGCCAAGAGUUCCGCAGGCGGAAGUGGAGGGUUAGGCGGGCUGUUCAAGUCGUCCAGCCGGAGAAACAGUCUGAGCAAGGGAUUAGGUAGCGACUCGCAGCAGCAAAAGACUGAACAAGUCAACACUGGUCCAAAAGGCGAAGAGAUUCAAGACUCUGCCAGCCAAGACCGGCCCGAGACCCCGAAGCCGCGUGGCAGACCCAUCGAUACCUCAAUACCAUUGACACCUCCAAACCUCAUCGAGACGCCGACUACGUUAGUCACUCCGCCGACACCGACCGACCCCGGUAUAGCGACAUUCCCUCGUGACCCCAAGUCUCCACAAAGAGCUUCGCCAUCGCGCCCUUUGAGCUCCGUCGAAAGCAUCAGACAUCGCCGAGCCCAAUCCGGGAACCUGCCCAGCAAACUGUCGACCUCGAUCAACGCGCCUCUCACCCCCACUGUUGAGGAGGCUAAGACUCCAGGUGGGACAUUGACGCAGCCUCCAAAUAGCGCGGCAAGUUUCUUCUCGUCUGUCUUUUCAGUCGCACAGAAAGCCGGCAACUCCUUUGGCAGCUUCAAUAGCUUCACAUUACAAAAUCAGAAGAGCAAGCCCAUAAGCGGUGUACAAACCGGAACUGAGGGAGGUGAAGAGGUGAUACCGGGUGUCGAGAGCAGACCCGCGACAGGCGCUGGAGAAGAGAAGAAGCAACUUGCGGUGGAGACGCUUGGGAAGGGAAACCUUAGCUUGAGCCAUCUCGGCAUAUCAGAAGCUCAAGAGACCUCCCCAAUGAGCUCCACUAUAGAAUUGCAGCAAAAUGGACAAGCUGAAGGCCAACAGUCCAGGAAAGCGGAAGAGGAGGCGGCUGCACGUGCCGUGUCGUCUGCUUAUGAGAAGCCGAUAGCUGCAGUGGUGAGCCAAGCCACAGGCAGACCAUCAUCGAUAGCUUCCAAUGAGCGACUGACGCUCAACGGUGACCAGACCCCGCCUCGGCCCCCAAACGAACAGGACAGUAACCUCAGUGGGAUGAAACGAUCGGGUAGUGUUCGAAGUAAACUGAGCGGACGGCGAAAGCACCGUGGGAGCUCAGCAACUGCAGGUACAAGCAACUCAAUUGCUGCCGCGCUACGAGAUACGACCACUGGACUUGCAAAUCCAGCCGUACAUGGGAUUGGCCACAGACUUACCGGGUUCGCCGUGGCGAGCAGUAAGAGGAACAAGGAGUUUCACCAGUUGUUCAGGAGUGUUCCGGAGGACGACUACCUGAUAGAAGACUACAGUGCUGCAUUGCAGAGAGACAUUCUGUUGCACGGCAGGCUGUAUGUCUCAGAAGGCCACGUCUGCUUCUCCAGCAACAUCCUUGGAUGGGUGACGAAUCUUGUCAUUAGUUUUGACGAGAUUGUGUCAGUGGAGAAGAAGAGCACGGCAGUUAUCUUUCCCAAUGCACUGGUAAUAUCGACACUUCACGCCCGGAACACAUUCGCCAGUUUCGUGGCUCGAGAUUCGACGUAUGAGCUCCUGAUAGGAAUCUGGAAGAUCAGCCAUCCGAAUCUGAAAAGUUCACUGAACGGGGUCACAUUGGAUGAUGCUGGGACUGGCGACAAGACCGAAGUCGCGGAACCUGAAGGCUCUGAAGAUGACACCGAUGAAGGGACUGAAGACGAGGUCUACGACGAAGACGCCGAUGACGACGCUGGUAGCUUCACCGACGGAGGUAUGGCGGCUAGUCUGGCAGAAAGCGAGGCCGGUGACAAUGCUCUUAGUCGAAAGACGUCUGCCGCUCCCUUGUCGUCGCCUCCAACUAAUGGUCUAGGCUCGAAAGGUCUCGAAUCUGCAGAUGCUGUCGUGACAGCCGCGGCUCUGAGCAGCGAGUUCCCUGGCGCACCGACACACGAGCCUACGCAAUGUACUGAGACUGCCGAGCACUACGAUCGCCCGCUGACUGACACAAUAAUACCUGCACCCCUAGGUAAAGUCUAUUCCAUGAUGUUCGGCCCAGCAUCUGGAGCUUUCAUGAAGAAAUGGCUUGUCGAGGAUCAAAAGUCGCGAGAUCUGAAUUACGCUGAUGACAAGACGGGACUGGAUAACGAUCACCGAGAGUUCACUUUCGAUUACAUCAAGCCGAUCAAUGCACCUGUCGGGCCCAAGCAAACAAAGUGCAUUACGACGAACACGCUCAAGGCAUUCGACCUUGAGAAGGCCGUUAGCGUGGACUGCAGCACGGCAACGCCGGAUGUUCCGAGCGGCAACGUCUUUACCACAAAGACGCGGUAUUGCUUGAUGUGGGGUCCGAACAACUCGACGAGGAUGAUCGCCACAUGUACGGUGGAGUGGACAGGCAAGAGCUGGCUCAAAGGUCCUAUUGAGAAGGGCGCCGAACAAGGUCAGCAAGAAUACAUCAAAGCCAUCACGGCAUCUUUGAAGGCUGCCGUCACCACGAAACCUCCUGUCAAGGGACUACCGAGAAAAGGCAAGCGGAAGGGAAAGCAAGGCCCAGUGUUCGAUGCGGAAGAAGCAGUCACACAGCGCGAAGCACAGAUCGAGCAAGACAAGCUGGCGAAGAAAUGGGGAUUUCUGGAGCCAGUGCACCAAAUUGUUGGUCCAAUCAUCGACAUUGUCCGACCUUUCAUAACGAGCCAGGUCGUCAUUGCAGUGCUGUUUGUGUUGCUGGCUUACUCUUGGCUCGUGCCCGCACGCGGACCUGCAGCUGGUGUCUCAUAUCCUGGCUAUACACCGCCCGAGCGGAUCGCCGCCUACGAAGAGAUCUGGCGUCGCGAAGAAAGUGCACUUUGGGACUGGCUGGAAGACCGAACCGGGCUUACGGAUGGCGUGCCUCUCGGUGCUGGCGUCAGACAUCGAGAGCGGCAGAAGGUCAUGGCUAGGAAGCUGGACGACGAAGUGAGCAUGUCGGAGCGACAGAUGGAUGAGCAGAUUCGAACGACCGAAGAGAAGCUCGCGGGGCUGAAGGAGGCUGUGGAGAAGAGGAAAAGUAAGGCCAAGAAGGCUGCGUGA